CUUGGAGCCUGGUCCUCGGAGGAAGGCCAGUCCACACGGUCUCUGGCUGCGAAUUCCUGGACCCUCUCGGCGGGCGUCUCCCAGAGCUGCAGGUGACCGUGUCUCGCCCAGCAUGGCAGUCCCCCUGCCUCAGCCCCCACCGCCGCCAGACCCCCAGUUUGUCCUGCGAGGCACUCAGUCGGCGGUGCACGCGCUGCACUUCUGCGAAGAAGCCCAGGAUCAGCGGCACCCGCUUCUCUUCUCGGGGUCUCAGCGUGGCCUGGUGCACAUCUGGAACCUACAGACACGGAGAACGGUCGCUGCCCUGGACGGCCACGGGGGCCAGUGUGUGACCUGGCUGCACACGCUGUCCCCGGGGCACCAGCUCCUCAGUCAGGGUCGGGACCUGACGCUGCGCCUGUGGGACCUGGCAGAGGGCAGGAACGCCGUGGUGGACUCGGUGCAGCUGCAGAGCAUGGGCUUCUGCCGGAGCUCCGUCCUGGCCGGGGGGCAGUCGCGCUGGAUGCUGGCCGUGCCGGGGAAGGACAGUGAGGUUCAGAUUCUGGAGAUGCCAUCCGGGACGUCGGUGUGCACCCUGCAGCCGGAGGCAGGUGCCAAGCUGGGCCUGCCCAUGUGCCUGAGGCUGUGGCAGGCCGACUGCAGCCCCCACCUGCUCCUCCUGGCCGGCUACGAGGACGGAUCGGUGGCCCUGUGGGACGUCUCCGAGCGGAAGGUGUGCAGUCGCGUCGCCUGCCACGAGGAGCCCAUCAUGGGCCUCGACUUCGACUCCCAGAAGGCCAGGGGCGUCUCAGGCUCAGCGGGGAAAGCGCUGGCUGUCUGGAGCCUGGACGGGCAGCAGGCCCUGCAGGUGCGUGGAACUCACCAGCUCACCAAUCCCGGCAUCUCUGACGUCACCAUCCGAGCAGACCGCAAGAUCCUGGCCACAGCGGGCUGGGACCACCAGGUCCGGGUGUUUCACUGGCGGACAAUGAAGCCACUGGCCGUGCUGGCCUUCCACAGCGCCACCAUCCACUGUGUGGCCUUUGCCACCAACGGCCUGCUGGCAGCGGGGUCCGGGGACCAGCGCAUCAGCGUCUGGUCGAUCUACUCACGCACGUGACUCGCCGGCUCCUGCUCGGAAGACGCGAGGGCCGGGAGGGGGCACCGAACUUGGCCUUGACUCAGUCACGUGGAAACUGCCUUGACAGGCCCCCCGAGGACCAGCAGGUCCCGUCGAGGGCCGCAGAGCCCUGACUCGCCUCCUGAGGGCCACUCUUCCUUUGGCUCUGGGCAUCCGGUCGGGCUAGAAGACAUUGGCUCGGGCCUGGCAGUGUUCCCAGCCCGAGGUUAUUUUCUAAU